UUUUAAACAGAUGACGACUUGAUUGAAAGUUGUCAAAGUUAACAGUCGUUUCUAAACUGAAUGGCAAUGAUAUUUAAUGCAAUGUCUGAUACUUCUUAAAUAAUUAAUAUGACGGCGCGCUCAAUUUUACAAGUUUUCGAUCAAUAUCAGAAAGCGAGAUUGCUCUUCGUACAAUCUGUUGCGGAUUUGUCCUCAAAGCCAAGCAACAUCGAUUGCCUAGAAGCGGCGGGAGUGAUAGACCUCUUACGUCCUUUAUUAACGGAUGCUGUACCACCCAUUCAACAUAUGGCGGCAAUUGCUCUGGGCAAGCUAGCGAAUCACAAUCCCAAAUUGGCGCACGCCGUUAUUAGAAAAGAUAUAUUAUCGCACUUGCUGAAGAACAUAGACAAACAAAAUAAAUGUUAUAAGAAAGCGGCGCUUUUCGUCCUGCGAGCAAUAGCCAAGCAUUCGCCGGAAUUGGCGUUAAUAGUGGUACAUAACGAUGGCUUGCAAACAAUAGUCAGCUGUUUGGAAGAUUUCGAUCCUAUAGUAAAGGAAGCAGCUGCGUGGGCAUUGGGAUAUAUCGCAAGACAUAAUAAGAAUUUGGCUCAAGCGGCAGUGGAUGCUAAUGCGGUACCUCUCUUAAUACUGUGUUUGCAAGAACCCGAAUUGUAUAUUAAACAAAUCGGUGCGUCGGCUAUUAGCGACAUAAGUAAGCACAGUAUUGAACUCGCGCAAGCAGUGGUGGAUGCUGGAGCAAUCUUCUUCCUUGCGAAAACUCUGGCCAAUCUCGAUGCCAAGGCAAAGCGUCAGGCGUUAUUAGCAUUGAGCAGUAUAGCCAAACAUUCUGCAGAUUUGGCAGAGGCUGUGCUUGAGACAGGAAUCUUUCCAGACGUUUUGGUACACAUGGCGCAUCCGGAUGAGAACGUCGGUAGAGUCGCAGCGAUUUUAACUAGAGAGAUCUGCAAACACACAUUUGAAUUGGCGCAGCUUAUAGUAAACAUUGGAGGUAUCGCCGCUCUUAUCGAAUUAAUUAACACCUCCAAGUCGGCAACCAGAUUACCGGCAAUCAUGGCACUCGGUUAUAUUGCCGGUCACUCCGAUCAACUGGCCGUGGCUGUAAUAGGAUCCAAAGGUAUCGUACAAUUAGCGAUUGUAUUGCAAGAGGAAACGGAAGAUCAUAUUCUUGCGGUAACCGUCUGGGCUAUCGGACAAAUUGGCAAACAUACAUCUGAACAUGCGAAAGCGGUUGCAGUUGCAAACAUAUUGUCCAAGAUAUUGGAGCUGUAUAACAAUCCGAAGAGUUCCGAAGAUCUCAAAGCGAAGUGUUACACUGCGUUAAAACAAAUCCUGCAGAAAUGCAUGCAUGUCGAAGCUCUCGAAUCCCUGUUGCACAACGUGCCUCCCAAUAUCCUGAAAUAUAUAUUAGGACAAUUUAGUAAGAUUUUGCCAAAUGAUUCAAGGGCAAGAAGACUAUUUGUAACAUCUGGUGGUUUAAAGAAAGUGCAAGAGAUUCAAGCAGAACCUGGUACUACGCUUUCAGAAUACAUAACAAUUAUCAAUUGCUGUUUCCCGGAAGAGAUCGUCAGGUACUACUCGCCCGGUUAUCCAGACAGUCUUCUGGAAGCUGUAGAACAAUAUCAGCCAAAGUGUCUUUUCGUUUUUAAUCACAAGUCGUCAUCCGAAAACCUGGGUUCCAGUUUGCCUGCGUCGCUUUACAACGAUGAGAAAUAAGAUUCUAAAUUAUUUCUACCAUAUUCCCUUUACAAAACGAAAAAUAUUAUUUAUUACGCGAUUUAAUAACGAAUGUAAUUAUAUUUUUUAUGUUGAUUCCCAUAUAGUACAAAUUUUGCAACGAUAUUGCUGCAAUAUAACUACAAGAUCUGUGCUGUAUGGGUUGAAUAUAUACGUCAAUGUAAUUUUAAAUUUUAAUAUUGAAAUAUCAUUGUUGUACUUCAUUUACUAGGCAAUAAUUGCCUAAGGACAAGAUUUUUUUUUUUAUUUAAUUGUAAAACUUUGCCGAUCGCAUGAUUGAUACAAAUUAUCAAUUCGGAAAAUAGUGAAAGUCUAUAUUAUUCAUAUUAUAUUAUUCUGCUUGAAAGUCUAUAAUAUUAUUCAAUUCGUAAACAUAGCAUGAAACACCAGAAAAUUAUGGCGUAACAUAUUAUCGACUGAAAACAUAGUUCAAUUUGUCAUUAAUUCGUUUUGAUGAACAAGAUGGCCAUUCUGAGUAGUUUUCAGAUCCCUCUCUAUCUUUCCAUGUGCUCGUGAAAAAGGUUAUAUAGGAAAUAGUAAAACGAUUUAAUUAAAUCAUUGAAUUUAUUUAUAUUCAAAAAUUAUAGUUUUUUAUUUGUUUGAGUUUAUUUUAUUAUCGACUAAAAAAAUAUGAAUAAAGAAACUAAACUCGGAAAAACUCAGCGAAAAGUUUUUAAGCGUAAUCGAAAAGAUGACGAGGAGUCUACUUCGGAUAAAAUUAAGAAGCAUGCAAAGUCGAAAGUGUUGUAUAAUCGAAGAUAUAUGGCACCUUUGAAGAAAAACGGAAAAAUGAAUAUGAUCCUAACGAA